AUCUAUCGCACAUAAAUAUUUUUAAAGAUGGCGGCCAGGGGUCCCAUACAAUUUUGUUUUUCAACUGUUCGAUGGAUUCCAGUUUUAUUUAUUACUGCAAUCAUAUCAUGGUCAUAUUAUGCUUAUGUCAUUCAAAUGGUCGCUUGUUCGUAUAUAUUUGUUAAAUAACCACUGAUGUUUAAUCAUUCUCUCUUCCUCUUUAGUCACAAUUGAUAAUACUGCAGAAAAAAUUAUUCUGUCUAUUAUUUAUCAUCCCAUAUUAGUGUUAUUUCUUUGGGCAUAUUGGCAGGCCAUUUUUACUCCUCCAGGCAGGCCUUCGCGAGAAGUAUAGACAGAUAUGUCAUUUUAAAUCAUAUGUAAAUUUUUAUUUUCAGUUUUAUUUGUCUCCAAGUGAUGAAGCUGCUUUGAGUCGUGAAGACAAUGAGUCAGCUCAAUCAGAAAUAUUUAAAGAGCGAAGUAAACAUCUCCCGAUUUAUUGUCGAAAUAUGUUAGGAGAGAUUCGAUAUUGUGAAAAAUGUAAUUGUAUCAAACCUGAUCGAUGUCAUCAUUGCUCAGUGUGCGGUCACUGUGUGCUCAAAAUGGAUCAUCAUUGCCCAUGGUCAACCCUCGAAUCUUUUCGUACACCAUAUUUUCAAAGUGGCCCAGACAAAGAUGCUUACAAUCUUGGUAAAUUAGCAAAUUUCAAAGAAGUUUUCGGUGAAAAUAAGAAUCUUUGGGUUCUGCCUGUUUUUACAAGUGCUGGGGAUGGUGUUGUAUUUCCAAUGCGAGUUUCGUCGCAAAACGGCACUAACUACCAUACGAUGGAAGCGCCACCUGUUCAACAGGACGAAUUGGAUCAAAGUGUUGAAAGUAAAGGUGACGGAACAAACUUUCCGAUUCGAACAAUAGAUGAAGAUUAUGAUUCUUUACUUGGACAACGACAAAGAUGGAUGGAGGCGGGAAAUAAUGAAGCUCACGACAACAACGCUAUGAAUACCAGUAUGUAA